UGUAUCUAAAAAUCGAUCAAUCCAAUUAUUUGAUUUCAUAAAUUUGUAAGUAAAUGUUACUAGUAUCGGUGUUUAAUAUAAUUGCAGUUUUAUAUUAUAAAAGCGAGCGUAACGGCUGCAAGUAGCCACCUUAUUGUAUACAACACAACAACAACAGUUGCAUUUCCUAAACCAAUAAUUGUCUAUAAAUCAAUAAUGCGAUAGAGUUGUAAACAGAAGUUAGUGAUUAAAAGAGGUUUGAGAUCACCUGUCGCGUACACAAUCAACAGGAAGGGGACCCGGGCGAGGCUCGCAGGAGCAUCGAGCAAGCAGAGGACGCCAGUCGCCGCCCAGCCGCCCUUCGCGAGCGUCGCAUCCUCGCGAGCGCGCCUGCACCCCACACACACCGAUCACUUGUCUCGCUUACGCCUGAUCACGUACCAAAUUCGGAUUUUGCAUACUUUACCAUCACAGAACAACAAACAUCUUAUGGAGUAGAGAAUCUUUUUGAUUCGGCGAAAUAAGUUCGAAUAUCGCGUUAAGAACUGGAAUUGAGAUCGUUCGAAGUUUGCUGAGUGCCAACAGAUCGCGAAGGAUUCUCCGUGCCCCAAUAAUGUACUGCGUUUGAGCCCAAGUGAGGUGCACGGAAAUGACCAUCUAGCGACCAGUGUUAUAAAAACGAAACUUUGACGAUUAUGUGAACUUUUUUCGCGCUAAGUACUGAACUUUUAAUGAGUGCUCAUAUAAACUGACUCAAUAGUGUGGUGUGUCAGAUGAGUGUGGUGGAAUAGUGUGGUGCUGUAGUAGCCAUGAGUUUCCUGACGUCGCUGGGUCAGUACGUGGCGGGCGUGGCGGACAGCGUGGCGGGGCUGGCGCUGUCGCCGCGCCGCGCGCCCCCCUCCCGCCACCGCUCCGCCGAGGAGUCGCAGGCGCACCCGCCGCCGCCAUCCACCGCUACCAUGAGAGGUUUCCCUCGAGUGGUGCCAACUGAAGGUGCAUCAGCUCUGAGCGCCCGCCGCCGCACGCUGGACUGCCUGGCCCCCGCACCGCCCCCGCGCCGCGGCGGGUCGUUGCGCGUGCCCCGAAACCCGCCACCACCAGAGAAACCCACCAUGGCGUUUUGCAAACGUCGACUGUCUUGGCCCGAAGUUGACAACUCCGUUAAUUCUGGGGUGCAAGAGACCGACGGAUCAUACUUCGAGAACUUCACGGCUCUCUCUUGGCGUCAUGAGAACCGUCGUCUUGCGGCGCUGCGCCUCGUCGAGGCCCGCUCGGAGCGCGCGCCGCCCGCGCCGCACGACCUCGGCCUGCCCAGCGUGUCUGCCCAGCUGUCACACAAGGAACACGAACAUUUGUACACAGAGGUGCUGUACUGCAUCGAGAACGCGGUGGGCGCGCCAGCCCCGGACGGCCAAUUUGCCGCUUACAAGGAGGAGGUAAUAGAGCAUGCUCGUCGCGCGUUCAGGGUGUCUUCGGAGGUCCAUGCGCGUGCUCUGCGCUCCGCCGGCAGUGAGCGGCCGCCCACCGUCGUACUCGGCUGCACCGUCCUCGAGGCUGAUGGACUUGAGGCCAAAGAUGCCAAUGGGUUCAGUGACCCGUAUUGCAUGCUGGGCAUCCAGCCGGCGUCGCUGCCCGCGUCGCCGCGCGCCUCUGAGGACGAAGGUCGUAAGCACGGGUUCAGGCUGAGCUUCAAGCGGCGCGACGGGCGUCAGCAGCGCGACAGCCUGGGCCGCCUGCCCGCACGCUACAUCAGAGCCACCAGCGUCAGGCCACACACCCUCUCACCCAAAUGGAACGAGACGUUCAAAUUUGACAUCGAUGAUAUUUCAUCGGAUGUACUGCACCUGGACAUUUGGGACCAUGACGACGAGAGCUCGGUGCUGGACGCGGUGUCACGUCUUAACGAAGUACGCGGCGUGCGCGGGCUGGGACGCUUCUUCAAGCAAGUCUGCCAGAGCGCUCGGCAGGGCAGCCAGGAUGAUUUCCUAGGUUGUGUGAACAUUCCAUUGCGGGAGAUCCCAUCAACUGGUGUGGAGGCGUGGUACAAGUUGGAAGCGCGCUCGCAGCGCUCCUCGGUACAGGGCCGUAUUCGGCUGCGCCUCUGGCUCUCUGCCAGGGAGGCUGGCCGGCAUGAUGACGACAACUGGCAACAGGUUCGUCAACACGAGCGUCUGUUUGGCGUCCUGCUUGCAUACGAAGUGGAGAUGAUGCGCGCUGCAGCCGCUGCCGCUGCCGCCGCCGCAGCUGCCGCCGCCGCAGCUGGGGAGCCCGAGCCCACCACCACGACCCCCACGCCGCCGUGGGAGGGUGACCUGUGCGGCGCCGCGCAGACCCUGCUGCACCAGCACGCUAUACAAGGGGACCUCAGCGCACUACAGGCAGCUAUAGCCCGCUUCGCUGCAGCGUGCAGGCUCAACGCCGAUGCUCCACUAGAUCCAAAAUACAUGCAUAAGCUUCUGAUUGAGCUGGAGCGCGCCUGGUGCGCUUGUGAGGCGAUAUCAGGUAGUGGCAGCGGAGACUCAGGGUCGGGAGCGUCACGUGAUGAGGAGCGCUGGCUCGCCGACUGCUUCUGCGAGUUCGUUGACCGCGCACUGCAUCAGCUGCGUCUGCACCGAGACCUGUACCCUGUGCUGCAUCAGUACAGCAUCAACAAGUUGGAAUAUCUGCUGCGGUGCUUGAGUCAGUUAUCUCAAAUGAAGGCGUUCUGGCGAUGCUGCCCCUUCAACAAGGAAAUCAGGAGCGAGAUAGUGACGUCACUCCGUAAAGGCACAUCGGAGUGGUACGAGGCGCUGUGCGGGCAGGACACGCACUCGGAGCGCGGCGAGGACCUCGUCAACCUCAUCACCCUCAUCCAGAUCGACCUGCAGCAGGGACUCACCUACUACCAUCCCCUCUUCGAAACGACCAAUAACGUCCCUUACUUCAGCAUAGUUUUCACGCAAAUAGAUAAAAUGCUAUCAGAGGACGUCAGGCAAUCUGUGGAGCACUGGGUGGUUGAGGGCUGGUGUGGUGUCGUCGAAGAACACAUGUUCGAUGAACAAACUAACACUGUAUGUGUGGUGACUAUGGCGAAGACGUUGCCUUUCGAAGUUCUAUCAGCUGUACGUGAGCUGUGUGCUGCGGCCGCCGUGGCCCCGCAACCGCAGUCACACCCGCAUGCACCGCACGAGGCGCCCCCGCAACUACUCGAUGCUUACCUGUGGUUCGAGCCUUUGAUCGAUCGCUGGCUCGCCGUUACCAAAACGAUGGCCUUGCAGAGAGUUAGAGCUGCCGUCGAACUUGAUCGACCGGUCGAAGGAGAGCAUCUGGUGAAACACAGCACGUCUUCUGUGGAUACCGCGGCUUGCUUGUACCACAUGCGGCUUGUGUGGCGGUCGGUGGGCGGCGCGGAGGAGUGUACGGCCGGUGGCAGCGUGCGGCUGCUGGAGGCGGCCUGCGCCACGGCACUGCACUAUGCUGACCUGGUGCACGGCGCACUCGCCGAUCAGGGCUACUAUGAAAAUCACGGUCAAAACAAAACAACUGAAGAAAUAUGUACAAUCGUGAACAACUUGGAAUAUGUGCGCCGCUCUCUUGCCGAGUACGACGACGAACACAUUGCAAACGAUGACAACGCUCGUCAGCUGGUACGUGGGGCCCUCGGCACUCUGGACGCGCGCUCUCAACGCGCCGCUGCUCCACUCGCCGCACGAACUCGUCCGCCGCUCAGAAAGGCUGUAUUCCAUCUCGCAUGGUCACCUGAUACACUGCCUACUACACAGGCCAUAACUCCUCUCUUGGAGUACUUAGACCAGCACCUGUCAUCGCUGAACACAUGGCUGCUGCCGCGCGCCUUCACCCGCGCGCUGGCCGGCUGCUGGAGCGGAGUGCUGAAGGAGGUAUCCGCCCAGGCUGAUGCCGGCGGUGCCGAGCGCCCGCGCGUCUACCAUCACCGACUGCGGGAGGCUCUCGAUCUGCUGGCUGAAUUCUUCCACGCUGAAGGAAAAGGUCUGCCGAUGUCGGAGGUGCACAAUGCGGAGUGGUUCCGUGUGGAACAAAGGAUGGAGUACCACCAAGCGCCGACGGAGAAACUGCUGGAGCUGUGGCUGGCAGAUAGGCUCGCCGAACAAACUCGCACGCCGCUGCCCUCGCCCUACGGAUCUAUUCUUGUUCGUGUGUACUUCAAUCACGACUCGCUGUGUGUGGAGGUGCUGUCAGCGCGCGACGUGAUCCCCCUCGACCCCAACGGCUUAAGCGACCCAUUUGUAGUGAUCGAACUGCUACCAAAACGACUCUUCCCCAAAGCUCACGAACAAAGCACCAAUGUUCAAAAGAAAACCCUGAAUCCGAUUUGGGAUGAAUGCUUCGAGUUCACGGUCUCCCUGGACGCGUGCCGCUGCAGCGGCGCAGCGCUGGCGCUGUCGGUGUGGGACCGCGACGUGCUUACGGCGGACGACUUCGCGGGCGAGGCCUUCGUGUCCCUGGCCCGCGUGCCCGGGGUCAACAGCCACGCGCCGCCCGACCCGCUGCGCCCCCUCGAACUGCCGCUCAUGCAGCUACAUGAUCGCAAUCACCCGAUCUUACAAAUCCUGGAGUCACGCACCACGGAUAAAUUGGCCAUCGACUUCGUAAAGAAACAAAAGCUAAGAUUCGCCGAGCAGUAAGUCACUAAGGAGUUCAACUAUAUAUUUCUUACUCUGUUCAUUUGUUUUUCUUAUAUUUACGCACAACGUCCAUUAAAAUGUCGACAAUAUAUAAAUUAUUAAAAAGAAUAUUUACGAAAACGUAUUGAUCUCAAUGUAUUUAAAUCAAAAUUCUGUUAUUUACUUACGUACCUAUUUAUUAUGAUUAAGAUGUAAUGACGCCAUCAGUAUUAACAUAUGAAAUAAUACAAAGACUGUGUAAUUCUUCUACUCAUGAGAGAAUAUGUAUGUAUAAACUAUUGUGUACGUGUAAUUUCCAUGCAUUUUAUAUGUGUAUAGAGUUAGUACGCACCCUCGGAGCUUAUGCCCUAGUUGUUAGUCUCUAUUAGAAGUUCCCGACCAAGUACUAUAAGGCUCGUUGUUAACAUUUUCAUAUACGUGCUACUAUCCCACUUGCCUCAUCUUUUACACUAACUUUGCUAUCAAGCACUUUUUGAAUGAAAUAUACGGUGUU